CAUCACUAGGCUCAAGGCUGAGGACACAUUAACCAGAGAAAAGCAUGUACUAUUUUUUUUUAAUGUAAGUUUUACAUGACACAGGAGCUUCCAUGAAGAAAUGAAGACCCAAAGAAACAGUGCGACUGUAACAGAAGUGUUGAUGAUGUGACGGUUCCAAGACGAGGCCUCCAGAGACCUUGUGAGUCCAUCUAAUCUCUCUCUCCAAACACUGUCUCCCCACAAGAACACUCCUGGGCUGCCUGCUGGGGAGGAGAGACCAAGCAGAAGAAGACGGAUGGUGCCAGCUGAGGAAACCACCCCUGAGUGGCCAGUGGACCCGGUGGGUGAUAGUGGCCAGUGGACCUGGUGGCUGAUAGCUGAGGAUUGUGUAGGUCUUCCCCAAACCACCUGAGACCCGAACUGCCCAGCUAAGCUCAGCCUAAGUUGCUGAUCCACAAAAAUCUUAAACAAGUGACGUUGUUUUAAGCCACUAAGUUUGGGGGUGGUUUGGUGCACAGCCUUAUUUUGGUAAUGGGCGACUCUCUCAGAGGAGAAGGAAUGGUUCUGAUCUUUAGAACUGCAGUGAUUGCCACAAUUUAUGUCACCAGCAAACACUUAUUAGCAUGUGGUUGUGUGUUGUGAAAAAGACGCUUCUGGGGGGUGUCGGAAACUCUGCAUAGCUUCCUGCAUUUGUACUAUGUUUUAUAUAUGACACACAUUUUUACAUAAUUUAUUUCAUUUAACAUGGUUAAAAUCUCCAAAGUGCUUUCUUGACUGCCUGCACAGGCCUGGACCUGGGCAAACAGGGAGACUCCAGUCAGAGGUUACUUGUCUUAGAAGAGAAAUUGCUCCCUAUGUUUAAAGGGCCGUUUUCUCCCUGAUCACCUUUCUGCUUGAAGAAUAGACCUAUUUUCGUCUUCUCCUCGGGGGUGUGGUCCCUGCAGGCUGUGGGUCAUUGUGCAAGGCAGCCAGGCUCCAAAGGAGAGUGUGUGUUGGUAUGUUAUAUAACCACGUGGUGUGCUGUUAGGCACAAAGCCCAAGUCCUGUCACCCACCACGUAUGGAGCUCUUACACAGUGACAUUUUUCCGCAGUGUCUUAUGACAUUAGACUUUCCUCUUCUUCCUUAUAUUUCUUCAUAACAUUUUCCUUAAGGAUACAUAACUUCUUAAAACAUCUGAAAGUAGUUCUCCCUCCAGCUUAUAGCAGGAGGUUAGAAAAAGAAGAAGAAAGCUUCUAUUUUCCCCUCCGUUGUUUUGUUCCUUUUUAUUUAAUAGCAGCCUAGACUUUAAUCUGAAUAUAGAACGACUUUCUGGGAGCACUGCAGGACUUUGAACCCAGGAGGGCUGUAUUACUUUGCCACUUGAAAGCCACUUGCCCCAGCUGCUGACACUCCUUCUACAUUUCCACUCUGCACAAACCUCAAGUCUCUUUAUAGCCAACCUUUUAUUUUUAUUUAAAAAAAAAAUUUGGUACCAGGAGUUGGACCCAGGAUUGCUUAAUCACUGGGCCACAUCCCUAGCCAUUUUUCAAUUUUUUAUUUUAAGACAGGGUUUCACUAAGUUGCUUAGGGCUUUCCUAAAUUGCUGAAGCCGGCAUUGAACUUGAGAUCCUCCUACCUCAGCCUCCUGAGUCUCUGGGAUUACAGAAAGCUCCUGCAUACAUAGCCGACACGCCACCUACUGCAAAACCAAGCUGACAGCACAGGCGAUGCUGCCAGCAUUUCCAUUCCAUCGCCAGGCUGGGACUGAAUAAAGGCGUGUUUGUGUGGUAGUGUUUCUGUUUUAAAAGCCUCAAGCCAAGAAGAACAAGCUAAAAUAGCAUCUUCAGAAAUGGAGCGUAAAAUAAUCAGAAGAGAAAAAGAAAAAGAAUAUGAAGGGAAACACAACAGCCUGGAAGACACUGACCAAGGAAAGAACUGCAAAUCUACACUGAUGACUCUCAACGUUGGUGGAUAUUUAUACAUUACUCAAAAACAGACACUGACCAAGUACCCAGACACUUUCCUUGAAGGUAUAGUAAAUGGGAAAAUCCUUUGUCCAUUUGAUGCUGAUGGCCAUUAUUUCAUAGACAGGGAUGGACUCCUCUUCAGACAUGUCCUAAACUUCCUACGAAAUGGAGAACUUCUGUUGCCAGAAGGGUUUCGAGAAAAUCAACUUCUCGCACAAGAAGCAGAAUUCUUUCAGCUCAAGGGACUGGCGGAGGAAGUGAAAUCCAGGUGGGAAAAAGAGCAGCUAACACCCAGAGAAACCACUUUCUUGGAAAUAACAGAUAACCAUGAUCGUUCACAAGGACUGAGGAUCUUCUGUAAUGCUCCUGAUUUCAUAUCAAAAAUUAAAUCUCGAAUUGUUCUGGUGUCUAAAAGCAGGCUGGAUGGAUUUCCAGAGGAGUUUUCAAUAUCGUCAAAUAUCAUUCAAUUUAAAUACUUCAUAAAGUCUGAAAAUGGCACUCGACUGGUACUAAAGGAAGACAACACCUUUGUCUGUACCUUGGAAACUCUGAAGUUUGAGGCUAUAAUGAUGGCGUUAAAGUGUGGUUUUAGACUGCUGACCAGCCUGGAUUGUUCCAAAGGGUCAAUUGUUCACAGCGAUGCACUUCAUUUUAUCAAGUAAUUACCUGUCUUAUGAACAAAGACAACAAGCAUGCAGCCAGCAAGCUUCGGAAAACCACAGCAUCAAAGGCAUCCCAAAUAGCGUGCCCAGCUAGCUCUGUACUACAGAGCCCUGCUGCUAAUCAAGUACUGUGAGCUAAUGGUAUGUAAAUUGUAUCGCUAAAGAUGUUCUUCUCUGGGGUGUUCCUGCAGAUUGGACUCUUCCACCUAAAAUGAAAACAGUAAUCUUCUAUAUUCUAUAAAUAAAGACUGAAUGCUUUUUGCUAUUUGUUUAUUUUUCCUUAAGCUGUCUUUUAAUCAGAAUGUCUUGGGUACUUGCACAAAAAAUAAGCAUGUACAUUAUCUGUAGUGCAUUUCAAAUAAAUGGUAAUAAAAUAUUUUAAGGGGCUUUUAAGGUUUAAAAUCCUUUCUACUUAUGGCAGAAAUUUACAAAGAAACUGAACUGGUAAAUUACCACUGAAAGCAAAACAGAUGUGCAGAUCUACCUGGAGCAGAGCUAUAGUGAAACAAAAUGAGAUUGUAUAAAGCUGUUAAAGCUAUUGAUUUGAUUUUUAAUAGCAGGCACCAAAAGCUUAUUCACAAUUUCUGUAUCUCAUGCUGGAAUUAUAGCUUAAUUGAUAAUUUGCUGAGAAUUCCUAGAAAACUGCUUGAUGACAAUAAAAAAUAAUUAAAAGCACUGCUAGCUUCUUUGCUUGUAUUAUAAUGAUAAAAAAGUUACAUGUGUCACUUUAAAAACAAGUAGUACACUUGAUGAUUUCACACAUUAUUAUUUAUGCACUGAUGUAAUCGACCAGAAGGCUAUAGUAACCCUGGCUGGUCUUACGAGUAACAAAAAUCAGCAAAUUCAUUUCUUUGCACACUGAGCUCCAAUACAGCAUGAAUAAUAUUCUCAAUGGAGUGCAUGGUAUUAGAAUAAUAAAGAAGACCAUUUUCACAAUCAUCUAAAUAUGUGUUCAUUUUUCAAGCUCAAAAAUAUUAAAUGAACAUCACUAAACAUUAUUGUCAUGGAAGAACUUUAUUGAUUCUUUUCAAUAACUAUGUUGAUGCUAAAUCUUAGACAUGAGAGUUGUGUUGAUUUACCCAUGCUAAUUUUUAAAAACUGUUUUACAUGUGGUUGCUUUAAUUAGAUAAUCUACAAUCUGAACUCUUUAAAUGUGAGUGCAUCCCCCUUUCCCCCACACAAAGAACAGCUAAAUCAUUUCUAUGCACUCAUUCUUUGGUUUCUAAGAACAUAUUAUAUCUUAAAUUUGCUCCUUUAAAAAUAAAAUAUUAAAAUUGAUAACUAAAUCUUAGAUUUAAUGAACCUCAACAAAAGAUUUCUGAAAAUGUUGACUGGGGUGAUACUGUUAAAUUAGUAUACAUACCAAAAUUUUGACUACUCAUAAAAAGUUAGAAUGAAUAAAGCUAAUACUUAUUCACAGAACUAUAAGUGAUUUUCAGUUACAAUAUUUAGGGUAAUAUAAAAGUUGGCUGUGUAAAAGAAAUCUUUUUAAACCUAUUAUCCCAAAAAGUCUUUUGAAAAAUUCACACUAAAAACAACAGUAAACUCCACAUCAAUUACACAGUUUUUCCUUUAUGUAUACUGAGAGGAAAAUGUUUUUGUUAACAUAGCAAAUUUUCCUACUUACUUUAAAUGGUUUAAUCAGGACCUAAAGGAACUAAAAAAAAAAAAAAUAGGGAAAAAUAGUAAAAUCUAACAGUCACUAUAAUUGAAAUGUUUAUAUACUGCUCCAGUGUAUGGAUUUAUUUUUCUUUGGCAUUUUACUUCAAUACACAAAAAGUGGUAGUAAUUUAAUGUCAAAGUCAGAUUUGCUCUAACAAGAUUUCAUUACUGAUAAUAAAAACAGCCCUGACUGAUAUAUUUUACAGGAGAUAUGGUUGAACCAUCUCCUUAGAAGUUAUUACAAGUAAGAUUUUGCAUCAAUUCACAAAAAGAUAAAUUAAAUUUUACAUAACAAAGUUAAUAUUUUGAGAAACCACUAAAGAAAUCAGAUUCAUUUUUAUAUAUAACAAGCAAACAAAUCAUAUCUAGAUGCAUUUAAUUUCUCCUCAAGCUUCUGAUAAAUCACAGUAUUAUAAAAAAUGUAAUAAUUUAGAAGAAAAUUUGACUAGACUGGUUAUCCUUGUAACUUUUCAUAAAUGUACAUUAUUAUUAUUUGUGUUAUUUGUAUGUGUAUGUGGCACUAGGAGUCGAACACAGGGCCUCAUGCAUGCACGAAAGCACUCUGCCACUGAGAUGCAUCUCCAGUUCUAAAUGUACCUUCUGAAAUUAAAAAUUACUUGUAUUUGGACUUACAUAUUCAAAUGCCUGUGAUAUUGCGCUAUGAAUAGAAAACACCUAGGUUUUAGUGUUUUCUGAAAUUAUUUAGAAAUAUAUUCUAUUCAAAAAACUCAAGAAAUCAUACAAAAUGCCGACUAUAAUCCAGAAUGAAGCUUUUAUCACAUUUUGUUUGCAAUCAAUGAAGAAUUUUUCUCAAAUCUUAUAAGUAAAUACUGUAAAGAAUAAAUCACAAAGUGAAUCUUUAUCUGUCUUUUGUUAAAGAAAGGCAAUAAAAAGGUUACUAUAUAGUUGCCCUGAGCUAAACAUAUAUUCUCUUGUAUUUGGAAUUAGUCCAUGCAAUGAUUUUAGCACCAACUUUAAAAUAUGCAAAAUACAAACAUUCCUGAUGGCUUUUACUAUAUUUUCAAAAUGUAUAUGGCUAACUAACUUAAGCAUUUGAAAUGUAAUUAAUAAAAAGUAACGUCUGUUAAGUGUUUUACUAUGUACAAGAUACUAUGCUAUGAACACAAUUAUCUCAGUUAAUCCUCAAACAACCCAAGAAAGAUACUGAUAUUUUCUUAUAAAUGAAGAGAGAAAGACUAACAUGCCCAAGAUCAUGGAACCAAGAUUUAAAACUCAUAGCAGUUCCAGAGCCAGCAGUAAGUAUUGCCUAGUUUCUAAGGCCAAUUAUAUUUCUAACACCUAAAACAUGGCACAAAAUAGGCAUUCAUGAAGUAGGUCUGAAUAGAAAAUCCCAAAAUACAGAAUCUCACGAUGCAAGAAUUCCUAAAAUGUUAAGUGAAAAACUGCACUUUGGAAAAGCAAAUAAUAUUUUUAAUGUCAUGUCAUGUCAUCUAAAGAACAUGAGGUGAAUCAUCCAUCUCACAAGACUAAAGAAUAUUUCAAAUUUGUCUAUUUGUGAAUCUAGAUUUUUACAUAUCAGGUUUGCUGAAAAGAAGGUUAACUUGUUAUGACUUGUACAAUCCACCGAACUAAUACCUUAUGAGAGAAAAUAUGAUACAAUGAAACCCACAUAGAUUCUGGAACCAGACUUGGGUUCAAAUUCCACUACUUCCACUAACUUGUUUACAGGAUCAUAAGCAAGAUCCUUAACUUUUAAAUUUUCAACCUCUGCACAGCAAAACAGGGAUAAUAG